CCCACAGGCGCGGGGGGGCCGGCCCAGUACGGCUCUACCGCGGCCGCGGCGCCGAUUGGGCCCGGCCGGCUGCCGUCCCCGCGGGGGUGUCUGGGAAGGAGAUAUCAUGGCGGCGGAGCCGAGCAAGACGGAGAUCCAGACCCUCUUCAAGCGGCUUCGGGCAGCGCCAGCCAACAAGUCGUGCUUCGACUGCGGCGCCAAGAACCCGAGCUGGGCCAGUAUCACCUACGGGGUCUUCCUGUGCAUCGACUGCUCCGGCGUCCACAGGUCCCUGGGCGUACACCUCAGCUUCAUCAGGUCGACAGAGUUGGAUUCUAACUGGAACUGGUUCCAGCUGAGGUGUAUGCAAGUGGGCAGUAAUGCCAACGCGACUGCUUUCUUCCGCCAGCACGGCUGUACCACCACAGAUGCCAAUGCUAAAUAUAACAGUCGAGCUGCCCAGAUGUACAGGGAGAAGAUCCGGCAGCUGGCAAGUGCUGCCAUGGCCAAGUAUGGCACUGAGUUGCUUAUAGAUGGACUGAGUGGAGCCCCUGGGCAUUCCCCUGAGAAGAGUGAUGCUGAUUUCUUCAUGGAGCACACACAGUCUUCCAGUACCUGGGAUGUAGCAGAUGCCAGCCAGAAUCCUGCACAGUCUUCUCCAGAGAUGGAAAAAGCAGCAAAGUCACCAGAAGGCAGUGAAGUUUCAAAUCCCAGUCAAGGUCCAUCUAUUGACUGGUUGAGCACAUCUCCUAAGGCUCCUCUAGAACUUAAAUCCUCCCUCAUUGGAAAGAAGAAGCCGGGAGCUGCCAAGAAAGGGCUGGGUGCAAAAAAAGGUCUUGGAGCCCAGAAAGUCAGCAGCCAGAGCUUCAGUGAGAUUGAGCGGCAAGCCCAGGUGGCAGAACAGCUGAGGGAGCAGCAGGCAGUGGAGUCCAGGAAACAAGCCGAGGAGUCCAUAGUCACCUCAAUGCGACUGGCUUAUCAGGAACUGCAGCUUGAUCGGAAGAAGGAAGAGAAGAAACUCCAGAACCUCGAAGGGAAGAAACGUGAACAAGCAGAGAGGCUGGGCAUGGGAUUGGUAUCCAGAAGUUCUGUUUCACAUUCGGUGAUGUCUGAGAUGCAAGUAAUUGAACAAGAGACACCGCUGGUAGCAAAAUCUUCCCGCUCCCAAUUGGACUUGUUUGAAGAUGGUGGAAGCUUCACAUCCGGACCCCCCAAGUACAAAUACAGUCCCUUCUCAUUCGAAGAUGCAUUUGGCUCACGAUGGGAAACUGACUCUUCAUGGGGUAUGGACAAAGAGGAGGAACUGGAGGUGACCGUUUCCAGCAUUCGGCCGGUGUCCGAGAGACCCACCAGUAGGCGAGAGAUUGAGAACAGGCCAUCCAUGGUGGAAUCCAAUGAAGCUCGGCAGAAGUUUGCUGGGGCUAAAGCUAUCUCUUCAGAUAUGUUUUUCGGGCGGGAGGCAGAUGCUGAGUAUGAAGCCAGAUCCCGACUGCAGCAGCUCUCAGGCAGCAGUGCCAUCAGCUCUGCAGACCUGUUUGGAGAGGCUGACAAUGUGCACUCAGGUGGUGUGUCUAUUGGAAAUGUCCUGCCUGCAGCCGACAUUGCACAAUUCAAGCAAGGAGUGAAAUCAGUUGCCGGCAAGAUGGCUGUCCUGGCCAAUGGGGUGAUGAACUCCCUUCAGGAUCGUUAUGGUUCAUAUUGAUGACCCAGGGACUGCAAGGGGAAGCCAGCAAGAGGCACUGAUGCCACCUUUGCCUGGAGUAAACUCCACAGGAUUGUCUUAUUUGUCUGGGUUGGGUGGGCAGGGAAGAAGGUAAGCACAGGGGGUCAGGACAUGGCUGUGCCCAGGAUGCUUUCUGAAGAUCUCUGGAUUCCACUCUAUUAAAAUUCAAUGUGCCCUCAUACCCACUGCUAUCUACUAGCCAGUGGAGACAGGCCUUCUUACAGGGUUAACCUCAUUGCUGUAAAAGGUAUGACAGGAACUCCUGGGCUGCCCUCAUCAGUGCUCCUGUCCUUCUUUGGCCCAUACCUUAGCUCAACAAGUUACAGAGAAAAGGGGAAUGCUAUUUUUCUGAACAUCAUGUGACAUGACUGUUUUUUGUUGUGAUCACUGCUCCCAAUCCAUGGUGCUGUGGAGUCCUCUGUAUUUGCAGGGUUUGCCUUUUGCUGUGAUCUAGUCCUUUUUACUGUCUUCUAAACCAACAUAUAUGAAUGCGGGAGAAAAAAAAAUCAAAUCAAAGAUUAUUUUUUUAGCUUCUAACUACAUCAUCAGCAAAAAAGGCCCAGGUAAAGAAGUAAAGAAAUUCACUGGA